AUGGUACAAUGGUUAAUGAUUAUUCUUGUUUAUGAUUUUGCUGUUCUUAAAUUAUCAUUAAGUGAAGUAACAUUAUCAUUACGUUUACUUCAUUAUAAAAAUCCAAAUGGUUUAACAUAUGAAAAUCGUCCAUGUGAUACAAGACUUGAACAUGAUAUCAAUCGAGAUGGUCGAUGUGAUACAGCAUUUUUAUUUUGUCUUGUACGUUUACCGUUUCAAAAUCCACAUAAUUGUACAUUAGGUGAUCAUUUUACGGGUGUUGUUGGUGCUAAUGAUAUACAUUUUCUUGAUAUUGAUCAACAACAACAAGAUAAAUUGGAUACACAACAAAGAUCAUUAUCACUUGUUUCAAUAUGGUUUCAAUCAACAAUUCAUUUUCGUUUUAAUUAUCCAAAAACGGGUAUUGGUAUAAUUGUGGAAGUAUUUGAUGUUGAUGAUAUUGAUAAUCGUACAAUCCAUGAUUCAAUUGAUUUCUAUGGAAGAACUUUAGCUGAUCUUAAAAUUUAUCGAACAGAGGAAAUAGCACAAAAACAAAGAAUUUAUCUACGUAGUUUAUUUGGUACACAUACGAAUUUAACAGCAGAUAUUUCGCUUUAUUGUUCACCGAAUUUUUAUAGUAAUUAUUGUGAAAUACGUUGUAUACCAAAUGAACAACGUUAUGAUUGUGAUUUGAAUACUGGACAAAAAAUUUGUAAACAUGGAUAUUUUGGACAAGAUUGUCUUAGUGAUGUUCGUGCUUGUGAAGAUCAACCAUGUUUAAAUAAUGGCACAUGUGUUGUAUAUCUUCGAGGUUAUUUAUGUCGAUGUCACAAAGGAUAUACUGGACGAACUUGUGAAAUUGGAGAAUCUGGUUGUGUAAGUCGUCCGUGUCUACAUAAUUCAACAUGUGAAACAUUAAUUGGUGUUAAUCCACCAUCAGCUUAUCGUUGUCAUUGUCGAUCAGGUUAUACUGGUCGUAAUUGUGAAGUUGCAAUUGUUAUUUCAUGUGAACGAACACCAUGUGUUCAUGGUCAAUGUUUUAAAAUUGAUUUAUAUACAGAAAUUUGUGUAUGUGAAAAAAAUUGGAGUGGAAUUGAUUGUUCUCAAGCUUUAUCAACUUCUUCAACAACUCAGAAAUCUUAUCCAUUAACAACAAUAACAUCAGCAAAACUUAUUCAAACAACAAAACAAAUGAAAAUAAUUAAAAAUGUCACUAAUAUAUCUUUAAAACAUGAUCUACGUGAUUAUCUCAAUUGGUUAAAUAUAAAUUAUGGUAUAACUAGAACAACAAAAUUAUUUCAACAACCUGUUACAACACCAAUAAUAUCUCAUAAAUAUGAAUAUACAUCAUGUUUAAGUGCACCAUGUCUUCAUAAUUCAACAUGUAUUGUUAAAUCUGAUUAUUCUUUUCAAUGUGUUUGUCUACCAUCAUUUAUUGGAACUUAUUGUGAAGUUGAACAAAAUCCAUGUGAAAGUUCACCAUGUCAACAUCAAAGUGUUUGUGUAACAAAAUCUAAUCGAACGAUUCAUUGUAUUUGCCGACCACAUUAUACAGGCAAAUUUUGUGAAUAUCCAGUACCUUUUCCAUUAUUACCAUUCAAUCAAAAAUGUACUCGAAAUUGCCGUAAUGGUGGUAUUUGUUUGAUUGAUGAAGCUAAUCGAGAACAAUGUAUUUGCAAAUCAUCUUAUACUGGAUUAUAUUGUGAAUUAAAUCCUUCAUGUAAUCUUGAUCCAUGUUUAUCAAAUCCAUGUUUAUCAAAUGGUACAUGUCAUUCAUUAUUAUCUACAAAAAAUUAUACAUGUUCAUGUCUUGAACAAUAUACAGGUGAACGAUGUGAAUUAGAAAUAAGUUCUGAUCCAUCAAUAUCUUUAUCACGUGAUACUAGUUUAAAUCCAGAUGAAAAUAAUACAGCUGAUCUUUGGCCAUUAGCUAUUGUAUUUGGUUAUAUAUUUUCCUUAAUGUUAGUUUUUAUAAUUAUUUGGUUUUUAUGGUAUGGUUUAACAAUAAGACCACAAUCAUAUGUACCAUAUGGAGAACGUGUUAGUGAUCGUUAUCAACCAUAUCGUUUAGGUGUUAGUAAUCCACUUUUUUUUACAAAUCAAGAAUACAAUACACCUAUAUCAAAAACAUGGUCAACACCAGCAACAACAAUAUCAAAUCUUGAUCAAUGGACACGAACAAUAACUCGUUAA